UACCAUUCGAUAGUACACUAAGAAUCCUCGCCCCACACCUAAAUUAGAAAGUUAUUCUUAACUUUAAUCCAAACCGGUUAACUAAACUGAAACUGGUAUUUAUGAAUAAUUAUUUUAUAAUAAUAGAAUUACUAUUUUUUGAAAAAUAAUAUAUAGAAUUACUUAUAAUCUCAUAUAUCUCUAAAACAUGAUAUGGACUUCGCUACUCAAAGAAAAUACUGGAGGCAAGUCGGAUAAAGAGAACAAGAAAAAGAUAAUCCGAUGAAAAUUUUUAAUAUAAUAAACUAUACAAAAACUAAGAAAAAUGGAAAUUUUUUUUUAUCACGUAUGCAAACAAAAAAUGAAAUUUAUAUUGAAGACGGUCGUUGUUUAUCUGUUUCCUUUAUACAGAAAAGGGAAGAAAGUACAAAAACUAAACAUCAUUAAAAAUAUCCAAAUAUAUAUUCAACAAUUUCCCUUUUUAUUGAGAUUGUGUAUAGUUGAUUAUCUUAAUUUUUCCUUAUCUUGGAAACCUCGGUUUCUAUAUAAACACAUGUAUAGGGGAACUAGAUUUUUCACAAAACAAACUCAAUCACUUCUCCAUAAGAUAUCUACCAAACUUUUCUCUCGACUCUAAAAAUCAAGAAUCAAACAACGAUCAAUUAUGGCUUGGAUCAAUAGCAAACUUUUCUUCACUUCUCUUAUGAUUCUUGUGGCACUUAUGGGGGUUGGAGUAGGAGGAACGGUUCACAAAGUCGGCGACUCGAGCGGAUGGACCAUGAUGGGUGUGGAUUACCAAGCUUGGGCUUCUUCAAGAACUUUUCAAGUAGGAGACUCACUGGUCUUCGAAUACAACAACGAGUUCCACGACGUCACUGAAGUCACUCCCCAUGAUUUCGAGCUAUGCUACUCGUCUAAUCCGUUAGCGAGGUACCAAACUGGAUCAGACACGGUAACUCUAACCAAACCUGGAUUUCAACACUUCAUAUGUGGAGUUCCUGGUCACUGCGACAUAGGACAAAAGCUUCACAUCCUCGUCUUUCCGGCCUCGUUGGGUCCAGUGGCUGCUCCAGUUCCGGGACCAGUCAGAUCACCAAGCUCUUCUAUGUCUCCUUCACCUUCUCCCUUGGCUACUUCACCAACCAAUGCUCCACAAUAUCAGAUGGGACCAUCACCUCUUUGAAGCACUGUUUCUUUUUCAGCUUAUUGGCUUUGAUCUUUUGUUAUAGCAAUCUUGAUGAUACCUUUAAUUUAUUGUAAUGAAUUUGGUUUGCUUU